UACGUUUCCACGCCGCGCAAACUCGCCUGGCAGUUGAGAUGAUGUCAGUUCAGAAAGCGGCUGCUUGCUUGGUUCUGCGCUAGCUUGACCAAAUGACCGGCUAACAGAAACACUUGAACACCAACUAAUUGACCCAAAGGAAUCAAAAAGGACAAUACUCUAAUUUACAGAUAUGGGGGCCCUGAUAUCCAGAUGGAAGACAAAGCCAACCACAGUUGAGCAGCUGGAGAACAUUGACAAGGAGAUUAAAGAGCUGGAGGAGUUUAGAGCCAAAAACCAACGUCUGCAAAAGCUGUGGGUUGGCCGGUUGCUUCUCUACUCAUCAGUCCUAUACCUGUUGAUCUCUUUGAUUGUGUACUGUCUCUACCUACCUGAACAAUGGCUGCAGAGAAUAUCCAUGGCUCUGCCAUUCUUCAUAUACCCUGUGCUGGUCUGGUUCAUCAGGAAGUUUUUGGUCUUCCUCUUUUCCAAACGCACUGAGAGAAACAAUGAUAAACUAGAAGAUUUAAAGGCUUCCAAAAAAAAGAUUCUUGAGGAAGUGAUGGAAACAGAGACAUACAAAAACGCCAAACUCAUCCUGGAACGCUUUGACCCCGAAGCUAAGAAGAAAGCUGAGCUGGAGUCGACUCCAGUGCGUCCUCAAAUGACUCCCAGACCAGGACAAGAGAUUCGACAGAGAGGGGUGACAAUGAGACCCAUGCCGAUGGGCACCCCGACUGCAAUGGCAAUGACUCCCUUGGGAGCAAGGCCUGCAUUGGGACCAGGGGGCACACCUGUGGAACCUGUUCCUCUCUCAGCUCCAGGAGGACCUCCAGAGAGAUCUGCCAUGUCUGCCUCUUUCCUCCAGGGGGCCGUACCCAGGACCCCCUGCUCCCCUAUACCAGGUGUAGGCAUGCACCCACCAGGUCCUCCAUUAGCAAGACCCGUUCUGCCCAAAGACAGGGGAGCUGUGGACCGAGUCAUUGAGUACCUGGUAGGGGAUGGACCACAGAACAGAUACGCUUUGAUCUGCCAACAGUGCUUUUCUCAUAACGGCAUGGCUCUGAAAGAAGAGUUUGAAUAUCUAGCGUUCCGUUGUGCGUACUGCUACUUUCUGAAUCCGGCCAGGAAGACACGCCCUCAGGCUCCCCGGCUUCCAGAGUUCAGCUACGAGAGGAGGCUGCGAGCUGAAUCUCCUUCCCCUGGACCAACACCACGUUCUGGGACAGACACAGAGGAGAGCCCACUUCCUUCUGGAGCCAAGGCUCCAGCUCCGUGGAAUUUGGUCCACAGUUUCCAGAUCCAGCAGAGUCCAAAGAACCCUCAGAACCGACCUCUGCAGAGUCCAGAUGAGAGAGAGCUGGGGGAAGACGCAGGACCCACUAAAGAAGAAGAGAGUGAGAGCCAAUCAAAGGAGCAGCUGCUGCAGAAGCAUGAGCAGGAGGAGGAGGAAGAAGAAGAAGAAAAAUGGUUCAGGAAGAGGAGGGGGCAUCAGAGCAGAGUCACAGUGCCCCCCUGUGAGACAGAAUCUCAGCCAUCAUAGUUGCAGAUAGUCCAAAAGAGGACCAGGGAUGUCUAAUCAUUCUGUCCAAAGAAAAGGUGUUUGUACUGGCCAUGAUAGACAGGUGGCAUUUUAAAGCAAUAUAGGUGGAGAAGGAUUGACAUCAACAGUAGUUUAAUGCUAUCUUUCUUCCUUGCAGCCAAAAACUCAGUUUCACAUGCGUUUCAGUUUGCAGCUUUUAAUAGUUUUUUUUUGUUGUUGUUGUUGUUGUUUAAAUCCAACAAUUUGUCACCAUACCAUCGUACUUAGACAAAGCACGUAGAGGAGAUGAUGUAGAUGCUGUGCUUGCUAGAUGGUGUGUGUUCUUAUUUUAAAAAAACGUAUUGCAGUAGGAUGAUCUAAAUUAUUAUGUUAGUCAUAUUUGAUCAAAUUGUCCAACGAUAUUGCCUAAAAUGAUGCCAACAUAUCAUGGCCUUAACAGUUGGAUUGGUUGACUGGGAAGUGAUGAUUGUAACUUUAAACUUAAGACUGUUCUCGAUGGGGUAGUUGGCUGCUGAUUAUACUUUGUAUGCGGUAACUGACAUAGUUAAUUUUUCAGUAUUACAUGAGAUUAUACUAUUGUAGUUAUUUUAGGUUUGAAGUAACUGGCUGCAGUAUGAUUUGUUGAUAAAAAGGGUCAAAACUGCUGGUUCACAAAUGGUUUGUCCUCGGAUGCUGCAUAAAUCUAAAUUCCUUCACUGACCCUGACCCCUGUCUGUAUAUCUUGCUAAAUAUCACACUUAUUAUUAUGCAUAGUGAGUUAUAAUACAUACAAGUGUUAUAUUCUUUUGUUGGGUAGUGUACAAAAACAUCCUACUAAGCUCUGAGAAAACAAAAGGAAUUCAACAAGUGCAUCUUAAAACAAACCUGUUGUGAAUCGGGACAUUGUUAUUUUUUUUUACAGUAUAUGCAUACAGGAGUGCAUUAAGGCUACUGCUAUGGCUUUCUUCAUCUCCUGUUUUUAAUCCCACAUACAAGUUCUUUGCCUAGUGAUGAAACAUCUGGGAUGAAUUUGUUAUAGUCAGAUUUGACUAAACACUGCUGCUUGUACACAUUUUAUCCUGCCGAAAUAAUUACGUUGUUUUUAAAGAUGUUUUAGGAGUGAGCUACACUCUGAUCUACAAGGAGCAAAGGUUCUGAAGUUGUAGGCCAAAAUAGAGGAAUAGACUAGGGUGUACAACCGUAAUUAUAUCCCCAGUAAAUGGAUGACAUUAACCAGAGAAAGCAGCUGCUGUAAAUCUUAGUAAAUCUUAUUCAUUGACUGUUGACCAUUCAUGCCUUUGUUUCUUUGUUGGUGACUUUAUGUGGGCCAACUUCUGUCAGCGGCAAAUUGUUUUCACUAAUGUUAAAUGCCCCACCUAUGGUUGCAGUUACCCAGAACACUGUGCGCACUACCCAAUAACUGAACUCAGAUCAGCCUUCUGUGGCGAUCUGGUACAGCAGAAAAUGUGCGUUUUGAGCGGAGGCAGAAGCAUUUUUGUUACUCAGCUAUUUAAUAACCCUGUUGCUUUGUCUGUGCUCUACACGGAUAGAAACCAGAUUCAUCAGGUCUGGAAAAGUACUUACUAAAGACUAAAGUCUCCAAAUAGUUUACAGAAAUAAGUAGACGUUUUACGUACUCAAGCUUUUUUUGCAGAAUGGGAAAAGUGAACCUGUGCAUUUUAAUUCAGCUGUUUUUCUUUGAGAUGUGGCCUGUCAACUUAAUCUAAUUUAUUACUUGAGGGAUAGCAUAGGUGUUAAUGAACUAUGCUAACAACAAAGCAAUUUCUGAGUAAACCGAACCAAUAAACAUUUAGCAGGUGAGAAAAACAGCCUGGAGCAAAAACUGCCAAUGUAUCUCUAUCUUGUUGUUGCCAAUCAUAGUUCUCAAUAGGAUUAUCAUUUGCACUGUUUUAUCUGUAUUUCCUGACACCAUUUGCACAGAAUUUUUCUUUGUAUUUAUUUGGCCAUAUUGUGUUUUAAUGUGUUGUUCAGGUAUUGCGGCACCGUUUGGUUUUAAACAUUUAGAGGCUUAAUCUGUAAAUGCCAUGGUUCUGUCACAACUAUUUAAAACGAGGUCUGAUUUAGGUCCCGCAGCCUGCGAGUUUGCUGCAGAUUAGCAUUUGUUAAUCAAAUGUUUUUCAAGUGUUUUCUUGUUUGUGCUUACAUUGAUUUUAAGAGUUGUACAUAUGUGCACUCACAGUAGGAACCUGCUGUAAUCAUAAUGUGUGCUUUGUUUGCUACUGAUAUUUUCAUUAGGUUAUAGUGUAAUCUUCCCCAUGUCUAACUACUGUUACAGCUACAUCAAAAUUAAGGAGGUUCAUUUUGUAAGCACUAGCACCUAGUGUGUUAAUAACAGUUUAUUCUGUUAUUAAAUGGAAACAGAAGAAAUAGUGUCUAUGCAAAUGUAAAUAUGUUGUAUCACCUGUGUUGUACAGGUCUGAUCCUAGAAACACACUCUGACUCAGUGGGUUAAAUAAUAUUGAGGGGACACAUGAAGUUCUAUUUAAUACCCUACCUUAUCUCUGUGCGUUUGUUGUUGUUGACCUCAAAACAUCCCAGAAUAAUUUGGCUGUAAUGGUUUGGGCUUGCCUUCUUAAUCUAUACAUGGUAGCAAAAGUGCUAUUGGACAAACCUUUGUUGAAUGUUGAAAUGAGACCAUGUAAUGAAUUUACAGUUGGCUCUCUCCAUGCCUUGACCACAGCUUUACAAUUUGAUUUUGUCCUGUUGUUUACCUCCACCAGGCAGCUGUGUUUCCAGAAGCUGCAAAAUGUAGCGUCAUGGUACCGUACCAGCUCACUGAGUUGUUUAGUUGGAUGGUACCAGAGUUAACGAGCUUUUUAUCUCCCAUUAAUACCUGCUGGUGAUGAAUAUAUGGUAUAAAAUUCAUGAAGCUGUCACUUCUAAAACUUCUAAGAUCCUCAACAUGUUUUCUCACUCACUGACACAUGUAAUACCUGUUUACUUUGUAUUUGUAGUUUUGUUUUUCUCUGCUAGACUUAUCACUUAGUUUUUUGCCAACGCUGGUUCUCAUUAAGUGUGCGCAUGGCACGCCUAUUAAAUGUUUUUCAACAACUAAA